AUGGCAGAGUACGGAUUAGAAGAUAAUAGGUGGUUCACACAACUAUUUGACGGUAGAGAGCAUUGGAUAGAGGCGUAUUUUGAAGGAGUAUUUAUGGCUGGCCUAAUGCGAACAACAUCAAGAUCAGAGGCAAAAAAUAGAGUGUUUGGAUCCUGCAUCAAUGAGAAUGGAACAUUGUUAGAGUUUUUCACCCAGUUUGAUAGUGUGAUAGAAAUGCAACGACACAAACAAGCACAAUUAAUCGUAGAGACUGAAACCUCCACUGCAAGAACGAAGACCCCUCUGUUGAUUGAGAAGCAUGCAGCGUCCAUAUACACAAUUGCAAUCUUCUACGAUGUGCAUGUUUUUGUUGUAUUAAAGGACGAUGAUGCAGAAAUGAUUCCACCAAAGUACAUAGUACAGAGAUGGACCAAGAAUGGUAAUGCAAAGGAGACAGAGGCACACACGGAAGACAAUGAUGAGAAUAAAUUAGUUGGCAAGGUAUGGAAUGAGUUCAACAAUUGCAUGGCACUAUCAAAUGGGAACAUUAAAGAUUUGCAGGAGAUACUAAAUUUUAUGCACAAGAAAGGUGAAAUGAUGAAGAGCAAGGGGAUGAUAGAGGCGAAAAGGAAAAGUAGUGAUUUAGUUGGGACGUUUUAUGGCACACAAACAACCACUACGAUAACAAUAAAGCCACCACCAAUAUUGAAAAACAAAAGUAGUGGGAAGCGUUUAAAGAGUGCACUUGAAAAAGCAGCAGAGAUGAAAAAGAUAGACGGUCGCAAGUGUAAUGGUUGCGGACAAAAUCCAGCCCGACACGACUUUCGUAACUGUCACAUGAAUCUGAAGAACCAGAAGUAG